UCCGGUACCGCCCAGGGCUUUCCCGGAAAGCAGUGGCAGAGCCGAAAAAUAAAAGUCUGUGAGUCAGUGGCACGGCGCGAUUCGUUGCCGCCGCUGCAUCUCGAGCUGCAUCCUGAGCCGCAUCCCGAUGAGCCGCCGCGUCCUCUCCGUUGUCGCCCUGCCUGUAGCGGUGUCCUUGGCCGCGGUGGCGGAGGGCUUUCAGCUCUUCUGCCAGAGAGGUGAUCACCCUGAGAAGAAAAAGGCCAGCGAGAAAGAGGAAAAGGCAGCCACAAGCAGCCAGUGGAAAAGCACAAGGAAUAUCAAGCCGUGCAACCUGACUGGCUGGUGGAAGAAUGAUCUGGGCUCCAAAAUGCAUGUAUUCAACGUUGACAACAAUGGAACCUUCUCUGGGGAGUACCACACCGCAGUGUCAAGUGCCAAGAGUCCCAUCCAGCCAUCCCCCCUGGUUGGCUCCCAGCACCUGGAUAAGGAUGAACAGGACACUUUUGGCUUCACGGUCAACUGGAAGAAGUUCUCAGACUCCACAGCUGUCUUUGUGGGCCAGUGCUUCAAUGGGGCUGAUGGGAAGGAGGUCCUGCACACCUCCUGGUUGCUGCGGGAGAAAGUCGACUCGGAGACAGAUGACUGGAAAGCCACCAGGACUGGCCGCAACACCUUCACUCGAAUGAGCUGAAAGGGGGGAGAAGCAUCUUGUUCUAGCCACACUUGGGAGACAGUAGUCCCCUCAGCAGGAUCAGCAUGUACUAGCAUGUCCUGAUGUUACCAGCUCUGGAGGAAGAUAUAUCAAAGAACACCAAAUAAAAUUAAAGAUAUUUAAACACAA